AUGGGUCGCAAGAUCAAAAUUAUCAAAGAAAAAUCAAACAAGAAGCAGAGAGAUCCACUUCAGACACAAAAGUCUGUCUGGCUAGCUGGUCAUGUCAUGACUUUAGCAUUUGGGUCGAUAUUUGCUGUUACCUAUAUUUUCCACGUUUGCCUUUUCUUCAAAUACAGAUCAUGGAAAUGGCUGUUCUUGAGGUUGAAUAAGGGCUACAAUAUUAUUCAUGGCGACAGAUGGUACCACUCUGUGUUGAGAGGCUCCCCCUCUGUGAUGUAUCGUUUAUCUUUGGUGGGAACUUUCCUUUCCUGUGGUGUAACUUCGUAUCAGAAGUGGUCGGGACUGAAUCCUCAAUGGUAUGAGAUGCUAAGUGCUGAGAAUUUUCAGUAUCUUUUAAUUUCUUUACUGUGGUUUGUCAGUAGAAAGUCCAUUUAUAAGUUGUGCCCUUUUAUGAUUUUGAGUUAUCUACAUAUUACCAAUUCCAAAACUGAGAUGAAUGGAGCAAGAGAAGAUGCUGGUGAUGUUGGUUCCAAAACGGAGAUGAAAGGAGCAAGAGAAGAUGUUGGUGACGUUGGCGUUAAAAAUGCAUCCCUUUUACAUAUAUUGGCAUUCUCAGAGAUCGUUGUCGCAUUUGCUUUGUUGUUAGACUCUUUGCUUCUCAAAGAUGGAACCGCUGGCAUAACCUUGGUCGUAUACUCGGGAAUCUAUUGGUUGAGAAUCAAUUUUUCCCCAUAUGUGCAAGUUACUUUACUGAGAUUAUUGACGAAAUUUGAUGCUAAAGUCCCACCAAAGUAUAAAGACCAAUGGUCAACCAUUAAGAAGUUUAUCUUUGUGAAAGUUGAGGAUCACAAGAAAACAGAAGAUGGUAUCGCUAGAACUGCAUAA